AUGCGGUGGAUCUUGAAUUCUCUACUUUUUCUUCUCUUCAGAAGUUCACACCAGGAUAAUAAUUCUACGGUGAGAUUUUUCGAUUCGAAAUUAAAAUAUUGAUCAUUUGAUCUUUAUCAAACUGGAAACUUUUCUUUUUUCUCUUUUUGAUAUCGUUAGUGAUCCCGAGCUGGUGGAAAAUUUGGAUUAAAAAAAAACUUUAAAAAGAAAAUAUUUAUAUUUCUAUCCACUAUCUUUGCUUUGAUUUUUAUAUUUCUUUUUCUUUUUCGAUAACAAAAACUUUAGUAAUUUCCUGUCUCCUUCAUGUUUUUAUGACCCAAUAUCACUUCCGCGGAACCAAUUCAUCACGCCAGAAAAAUUGUGAGAUGUGAAAGUUUCAUGCGAAGAAGGAAAAAUUUUCCAAUGAAAUUAGUCACAAAGAACCUCAGAAAGUUGUGGAUAACAAUAAGGGAAAAUUCAGGUCGCCGUCUGCGACCCGAGCAACUCAAACAAUUCGUUCGUUUCCGAAAAGUUUCAAUAUUCAAAAAGUUUCAAUUUUCAGAUAUAUUUAUUGUAAUGGGCCAAUUUUAAAAGCAGUUAAUGACAUGGGGCUUUACAACGAUUCCAAGACGUUUGUCGACAUGCCCAUGCUUCAGGACCCAGGUCUGUUCUUUCCUUGAGAUAUUUUCAAACAGAUUUCCAGCCAUGGUUUUGUCGGCAUUCAGUUCGGUGUUUGGCAACAACAGCAACUCGAACAAUAUGUCGAAAGUUAGACUUCAAACCUUCAUCGAUCAGUAUUUCAGGUUGGAGUUCAAUAUGAAGCAAUUUCUGUUCAAAAAUCCUCAUCGUUCAUUAAAAACGCUCCUAAAGAUCUACCUUAUGAAACUGCAUCUUAAGCGCCCCUGGAAGCGAACUGGUGGUCUGUACUCCAUCGGAUUGGAAGCCCAACCCGCCAAAGUUGGCAACGAUCCAAGAUCCCAAGCUCCGAGAUUGGGCGCUCCAACUCAACAAUAUCUGGAAAGACCUCUGCAGACAGGUUUCUUCGCUUGAUUUCUCUUGAGUGACAUCUUGACGACAAGGAACGGAAUUUUGAAGCUUUACAACCCACGAGUACGUCACUGAACGAGACUCUAGCUUUUAAAAAACAAACGUUUUUCGACAAUUCCAUGAAGGGUUUUCGAAGACCUAUUAUCUAUUUUAUAAGAAGCUUGCUGGGAUCAAAGUAUACUUACAUGAGCUCUCUUUAGAGUGGAAAAUAUAGGGGGAGUCAACGCUGUUCGAUGCUCAGCCGUGCUCCCUCUAAUAGAUAACCGGGUUUUCAAAGGAAUUUUGAAGUUUAUAUGACUUAGAAAAAUUUCGAAAGAAAUUGGCGAAUAAAAACUUAUCAUAGGAAAGAAUGAAAAUUGUAGGUUAACACGACGAUUCUGGACCACAGUUCUCGUUAUUCAUUGCUCUAUGUUCCGCAUCCGUUCAUCGUACCAGGUGGUCGAUUCCGUGAAUUUUAUUAUUGGGAUGCCUAUUGGAUCAUUAAGGUAAUUUCCCUAUCGAUAAUAUAUUCGAUUGAAACAAAAAAUUCAGGGUCUUAUUGCUUGUGACAUGUAUGAUUCCACGAAGAACAUGAUCCGAAACUUGGCUUCGGUCAUUGACAGGUAUGCAGACGGAUGCGAGUUUUUAUGAAUGUCUCAUUCAAAGCUUGUGGGAAACGUUGAGAGAAAUAAGCGAUUGAAAUUAGGAAAAAUUGUGAAUGAAUAUUUUUCGCGUGUUUGACUUAUGUUCAAACUUUCUUUUACCCCAAAAUUCUGAAGAAAAACAAAAAAAAACUUGCAAAAUAAAUUUUCUUUUGCGCGCAAAGGGGGAUGUUAUAUCCGGAUACAAUCGACCUGCUUACAGUUUUCAUUCACGUGAGAAAAUAUUUUCUUCCGAAAGCGCGCUCUACUGGCAAUAGGCUGCAUUAAAUCCAAAUUUGGACCUUGGUAACGCGAGCGGGACGCGAAUCGGACGUGUCAAGGCAUUUCUAGUGACCACUUCAGUAGCCUCAGCACUCUUAAGUGAUCCCUAGAAUCGCCCAGAAACGUCCGGAGCACGUCCGUUUCGCGUUACCAAUGUCCGAGUAAAAUCGGGUUUUUCACUCCUCUAGAGCAGGCUUGUGCGUCAGGCCGGGCGGCCCGGCCCGGCCCGGGCUUUGGACCUCAUUUUCAGGAAAAAGCCCGCGUGGGCUCGGGCUGGGCCGGGCUUCAAAAAAAUUUGAAAUUUCAUUCAAAAAAAUUUUUCACCGAAAUGUGACUUUUACUUCUGAACUUCAUAGUUUUUGUUAAACUUUAAGAGAAAAAAUGAGCAAAAAAACGUGAUUUUUGUCGUAAAAAAACUUGAUAUCCGACUAGAAAAAAAUUGCGCGAUUCGGGCCGGGCGGGCCAUUUUUUUCUUGAGGCCCGCUAAGGCUGGGCCGGGCUGGGCUUACGAAAUGGUCGAGGGGCCGGGGGGUGACGGGCCGACCCUCGCACAAGCCUGCUCUAGAGGUUUCAAAAUGAUAUAUCACAAUAAAUUUAUUAUACUAAUUUUUAAUUUUUUUGAAGAGAUUGCCUAGCACAUUAGAUAUUUCGAAUGCGCUAUUAUGUUUAAAGCUAUUAAGUCUGCGCAGAUCUGCUUUUGACUGCUAAAAAUUAAAUUUCGCCUUCAUUUUUCAUAUUUCAAAUUUUGAUAGUUUAUCAACGCUAAUCGAAAGUUUCAUUUCAAGUUUUUUUUAAACUUUGAUAAUUUUAUAAUUUACAAUUGAUAUAUGUUUUCUUUUUCUCCAUUUUUUUGAUUUCUGAUGCUUUCAGGUAUGGAUUCGUUCCGAAUGGUGGUCGAGUCUAUUACCUGCAGAGGUCACAACCGCCUUUCCUCAGCGGUAUGGUCUACGAACUGUUUGAGGCGACCGGCGAUGUUGCGUUCGUUGUUGAGAUGUUGCCCACACUCGUCAAGGAGUUGAACUUUUGGGACGCCAACCGGCGGGUGCGGUACAGAGCACGAAACCUUCAUAAUCCGAGAUUUUUCAGAUAGAUAUUGUAAUUAACGGAACUACGCACCAGAUAUACCAGUACAAGACGCCGAGCAACGUGCCGAGGCCCGAGUCCUACAGCGUCGACACGAAAAACGCCGCCAGCAUGACUCCGGCGGCGCAGGCGCAAUUCUGGCAGGACAUCGCCAGUUCUGCCGAAUCUGGCUGGGACUUUUCUACGCGCUGGUUCGCCGACAAGAAGACGUUGACCCAAAUCGAAACGACUAAGGUUUUUUUUUCAAUAUAUAUUCAAAUAGGACGUUAAGAUUCAACACGGUCUCAAAAAAAGUUUCUGUUCAGAUUUUGCCAGUUGACCUCAACGCUGUGGUUUGUUGGAACCUCGACAUCUUGGAGUACUUGUAUGAACGAGCAGGUUUCUUUUUUUGAAUGAUUCCUCUACGUAAAGUUGAAUAUUUCCUUUAUUGUAGGAGAUCAGGCGACUGCGAACAUCUACCGAAGUCGAAGAGCAGUUUUCCGAGACUCGUUCUACCAAGUUUUCUACAACGAAACACAGGGAACUUGGUAAGCGCUAUGGGAAUGUUCUGUACUAUGACUGAAGUAAAAAAAAAGUGCACCAAGAACAAUUUUUAAUUCUUGGCUCCUCGUGGACUUUUAUGAUUAUUCAAUAAAAUGGCUGAUAAACUUGUUUUCAGGUUUGACUACAAUCUUCGGACAAAGCUGCACAACACAGAGUUCUAUCCAUCCAUUGCUGUUCCGCUUUUCACCAAUUGUUUCAAUACUUUGAACACUGGGAAAUCGGAACGAUUGUUCGGUUAUAUGAAGGUAAUAACACAGAGGGAAGAUCUCAGAUUUUUAUUCAGCUUGAAAUUUCAUAAAGUUUGAAGCUCUGUGUUUUUCUUUUUCUUUUUAAUUUUCUUUUUUCCAGACACAUGGGGUUUUCGACUAUCCUUCUGGGAUUCCAACGUCGAUGAUCAAAGGCAGCGGCGAGCAGUGGGACUUCCCCAACGGCUGGAGUCCUUCCAAUCACAUGAUUAUUGAAGGGCUUCGUAAAAAUGCCAAUCCCGAGAUGCAAGACCAGGUUCUUAGUUUUUUUUUUUCCCAAAUGGUAUUUAUGUAAAAAGUUUUUUUAUGGUCAAUAGAAAAGCAUUUUUGGAAAUUCUUUUAAAUUUUUUUCAAAAAAAGAAAGCCGAUAAGAAGGGUUUUUCAAUAUUUUUUUAUUAUUGUGAAGCAGCACUGCAAAAAAAAAAAAUGAUGAAGCAGUUAAAAAGAGAUAGACUGGUAAAUUCAGCGCAUCAUUUUUGAAUUUAAAAAAGUCUUCAAGAUAGUAAAUUUCUACUUUCUCUUUUUUUUUUUUGAGGUUUUGUCUUAAUUGAAAUUGUUAUCACAAAAAUGUUCGCAGUUGUUGGAACUUUUAGAAGGUUGACUGCUCGUUUCCAUGUACGCAGAUGAAUAGUGUGUUUGCAGGGCUUCCAGCUGGCGUCCAAGUGGGUGCUCGGCAACUAUCGCGUGUUCCAGGAGACGGGCCACAUGUGGGAGAAGGUCAGUCACCAUACAACUUGCGAUUCUCCUUCUUCUGCCAAAAAAGCUCCGUGUAAAGUGGGAUGGCAAGGAGGAGCGGCUAUUAUGCAAAACGAAAGGCUUACAAGCUCUCAUAAGUGUGCCAGAAGUGGGGCCUGGCCGACAUGAUGAAGUUUCGCUUCUCAUUUGAAUUUCAAUUGCUGCUGCUCAGCUCCUACGGUAUCGACGAGCCACAGUAUCCUCCUAUGACAGAUGGGUGGAUAAGUGAGGCACUGAGAUUAGCAUGAAGCGGAUUCUGGCCGUGGGAAAAAAGCGUCGCCGUUGGGGCCAAGGUCUUCCGCAAAGUGACGCCAGAGUGGUGUCGAUUAGGCGAUCUCGCGUCCAGAUACCGUAGUCCUUCAGAUUAACACGUCAAACUCUGUUACUCCUCUCUGAACUUUUUUUCCUGGAAAAGUCGGAAGUAGUUUGGAAAUCUGAUUUGUAAGCUGCAACGUCACAAAAUAUUUAUAUGCUUCAAUAUUUUGAAAAUUUCUUUGAGUUUUCAAAGACAUAAAAAAAAUUAAGUCUGAAAAAAACUGUUUUUGUCUUCUUUUUUUCUUUCCUUUCCUUGAAUUACUUUGAAAUCGCUAAAAAGAGUUAAAUUUUUUUAAAACAACUUUUUUAUGGACUAAAAAAAUUGAAACCGUUUCCCUGAAACCUUUUGAAACGUUUCGUGAUGCCAUUAUCUCCGUAAAAUUGCCAAAAAAAAUGCUGUUUUUGACCCUUUUUUCAGUGGCUUCUAAGGUUUCAGACCAUUAACGGAUGGCGGUGAAUGCCUGUAGCUGAAAAAGCAAAUAACCAGCUGGAACCGAUAUGUUUGAAAAAUUAGAAAAUAAUUUUUUAUCUGAAAAAAACCAGUAAAGUACUUCUGCGAGCUGCACCAUAAAAAAAUACAAAUACAUCAUUUACUCCCUUGAUCAAAGUUUCUCGGGAAAGUUUGCGAAUUUCAAAAGUAGCCAGAGUGAAAUUUUCGAUCACUUCCUGUAAAUUCCUAUUAAUAACAGCCCAGUGGGGAGCAUCUGUAGCAAAAAAGACGAUAAGACAAACAGGUUGGUUAUUUGUGCAAGCUGUUAAUCCUUGCGAUAACAUCCGAGACAACGGUUUUCCUGGUCAAUCAUGACGAUAACGAUCGCCUGAGCAGCGUUGCCCAACCGAAUCAACACCGCGGAUCGGGAUUAGCGAGAGGUUGACACCUGUUUGGCGUGGCGGACGACAAGGUCGUCAUCCUGCUUCGGGUCGUCACACUAAUCGACUACUCUUUGUCUUCCAAGGCUUUUAAAGGAUUUACAUAAAAAGUCACUGAAUAGGAAUAUGUUUAAGUAUAGGCGGAACGUGUACGAAGGCUUCUGGGAACUGGAAAAAAAGUGGAACUUUGGAAAGUCUAUCGGACUACUCCUGCAGAAACCAUAAUGCCGUGUUCAAAGCAAUUUUCGCCGAAUACAACACUAUCUUGACUCUCUAAAAUUAAGUUAUAUUUUUCUUUCUCUAACGGUUAUUUUAAAUUUCGCUGAAUCAAUUUGAAUACGGCAUAUUCCACCCUCCCCCGCCUCCCAAAAAAUAUUUCGAACUGUAAUCUCGCCAAUGACUUCAUUAACAGGGUUGCCGCAAAGAUGGGCGGCGCAGGCAUUUGAUCGCUUUAUUAUUUUGAUCGGCUGGUUUCUCGAUUGUACUUCACUUGACUGAAGGAGGAGGCAAAAAUAAUAAAAAAAGAGUGGGAAAUGGAAAAGGUGACAACUGUCAAUCGGAAGGUCAAUUGGCUCGCGCCACCAACGGCAUUCCUUGUCCAAAUGAGACACUUCACUUGAUCGUCGGCUCGUUUUGUCUGGUUUUUGUUGUUGUGCGCGAGAAUCUUCAACCCGUCUAUUAUUUGACUUUAACGCAACUACUUAAUGAAUGGUAGAGUGGAUUUUUCUAAAAAAAAACAGAGGGCGGCGACAAAAAAAUAAAAUGUUGAUGUUUUUCCUGAAUUAAAAAAAUCGAAUUGUUUGAUAGAUAAAGAUAAUUUCUUUUUAAACUUUUUUUGAUUUUUCGUUGAAAAAAAUUAAAAAAACUUUUUAAGUUUACUUGAUUGCUGUGGUGAGACGAAAAGCAGCUUUUUGUGUGAAUUAUCAAAAUAUUAUUCAAAAAAUUGUUUUAGUUCAAAGAUUACUUCUGUUGUGCUAGAAACAUUUGUUAAAUUUUCGCUUCCGUCAUUAUUCAACAAAAAUUUUUAGCCUAAAACCCUCUACUCUUGUACAUUUUCGAAGUCUGUCUUAUAAAAGGGCUUAUACUUGAGAACUUGAGUCCGGCUGUCGCGCAUCCCCGUUGACAUAGGCUGAUCUCGCGAACAAGCACUUUACAAAUUAGCAAUUAUCGCAUUGAGUGUGUAAACGGCGGGUCUGGUUGAAAUCAAAUGGAAUUAGCAUAAAUCGGGGUGCCAGAAGGACCUUUCCAAUAGACACACAUAGACACUUAAUAAAGCGUCGCAUGUGCAGAUCGUGUCAAGGGCUUUUUGCUCCGAAAUCACGGCUGUCACAGCCGGAUUCGGCUUGUCGAACAUGCUCAACUUUUAAUUUGACAUUUGAGAUGAGUUGAGUUGAAUAGAGUUGGAAGAGAAGGAUACUAGAUGGUUUACGGUAAAACUUUUGUACACUUGUCAAAGUUUCAGAAAAAUACAAAAACGAAGUGAAUGAUUUCUAAAACUGCGAAAGAUUUCAUUCGCGUUUUUUUUCACUCACUAUGAGAUUUUUCUCCGAUCAAGAAAACUUCAUCUUCUAUUCGAGAAAAAUGUUUAGUUAAAAAUAGUUUUUUCCCAAAAAGCAUUCCAAAAAGCUUUCAGAAAAAAACAGCACCCCUUUUUUUCAAAUUUUUGGUAAUCGCUAACAAACUUUUUGAUUUUGUUUUUUUUUAGAUUGAAGGCUUAAGAUGAUUUAUUCGAAAUAAACUUCGUCUAAAAAGGAUUAUAAGGAGUACAUUGACCUAUUUUUAAACUUUUUUUGACAUAAUAUAUAUAUUUAUCUUCUUUAAAAAUCCAAAGAAAAAAAGUAACGAGAUUUGUUUCGUAUCAAAUAUCCUAUAUGGACUGUCCAUUAGUGUCAGUCGCCGUUGUGUUGCUGAGACCAUUAGGCCGGUUAAUUGGAUUUGCGACUCUGCUUAUCUCCACUAUCAUCCUUUAUACUUGCAAUAUCCCUCUGAUUUUCCUUCUGACAGAAGUUUUUCAGUACAACGUGACGGGAACCUAUCCUCAACCAGGCUCUGGUGGAGAAUACAAUGUACAGGUCCGUUAUCAAAAUGUAGUUUUCAACCAAAAAGGGUUAUUAGAACGGGUUCGGCUGGACGAACGGAGCAAUCUUGGACCUGCUGGUGACGUACAACGACCGACUGGCUGUGUCGCCGCCAGAAGGAAGCUCGGCGGCUUCGAAGUUGGUCAUUCCGACAGCGAUCAUAGCCCUUGUUUCAAUACUCGCGAGAUGCAUAUAA